AUACCCAAAUUUGACGAUCGAUUUGCACGUCAGAACCGCUGCGAGCCUCCACCAGAGUUUCCUCUGGCUUCGCCCUAUUCAGGCAUAGUUCACCAUCUUUCGGGUCCCCACAUUUACGCUCUUACUCAAAUCCAUCCGAAGACAUCAGGAUCGGUCGAUGGUGCGCCCCGCGAGGGGGCUCCCACCUCCGUUCGCUUUCACUGCGCGCACGGGUUUGACACCCGAACACUCGCCGUCCGUGCCGAAGCGCGUUCCUCGGUCCAGGCUGGCAGCAUUGCACCCCCGGCUAUAAGGUGCCCCGAAGGGCACUACAUUCCGGGGGCCUUUGACCUGCCGCCCAAACCGACGCUGGCCCGCCCACGGGGAAGUACACCGGCACGAAUGCCGGCUGAACCCCGCGGGCGAGUCUGGUCGCAAGCGCUUCCCUUUCAACAAUUUCACGUGCUUUUUAACUCUCUUUUCAAAGUGCUUUUCAUCUUUCGAUCACUCUACUUGUGCGCUAUCGGUCUCCGGCCAGUAUUUAGCUUUAGAUGA